UCUAGCUCUCCAAACAUUGAAUUAGAAAAUUUUGAUAAGGACAUUGUUACUUCUGUGUUUGGUGGGAUCUUCCAGUCGGUUUCGAACUAGGCUCAUUGCUUAGUUAACCGUAUGGUGGCAAUUCGUGCAGGCGUCGAGAUCGCACAGGUGAAAACCGUCUCAUGCUGCUGACCUAAAUAGUGUGACACUAGCAGCUAAGAACGUUUCGUCACAUUAGGACCGAAAUAUUUGAAUGCGCUGGUCGCGUACACGGCGACUUGGCGUGGAAUGUUGCACCUACUGGCUAGCCGUGGCGCGCGGAGAGAACUGACUUGUGCAGGCAGCCCAGGAUGUGCCCCUCUUCGGCUAGUCCAAGUCACAUAUUCGUACAGCAGCAGCAGCAGACGUGGAUGUGGAUAUGCCAGCCUUGCGAAUCGUCACCCACAACGACAUAUCCUGCGUCACCAGGCGACCAGACUACGUCACGAUGCAUUGCUGCUGUCACGUGACUCUGGCCUGCUCCACACGUGUCGUGUUCAUCAGCGCUUGGCUAGCCACAGCACAAUAAGAGCAAUGCCGGUAGCAGCGAAGACCCAGAGCGAGCGCAGAACACCUGAACUAGAGAGCGCCGAGGACGUUCUCGCUGCGAUCGGCAAUAAGAGCUAUACACACAUCACCACCACUACCACCACCACCACCACCAGCAGCAGUAAGGUCCCGGAGACUAGUGCAGAUUCACCGUUCGCAGCAGCACGCCCCCGUCACCGCCCAACACAGAUACCCAGCGAGGGCCAGCGGGACGCACGAGGACGCACACCCGCACCGCCAUCGUCAUCUCCCGCCGCCGCCGUCGCUGCCACCAGCCGGCGUUUGAGCGACGAAGCCCAGGUGCUGAUGGAGGCACUGGAGCAGCCGGGCGUUCGCGUGGAGGAGACGCUGGAGUUUGUCAUGCGCCUCGAGUCGGUGUCCUCCGCCGACCGCCAGCACAUGCUGGAGCGCUGCUUUGCAAACCUGACGCGCAACUUUCACCUGCGUUCGCUGGGCCGCGUGGCAUCACAGGACGAUCUGCUCAUGCACACACAACUGGAGACCAUUGAAUCGUUUCAGCAGUACGUUGUACGGGUACUGAACUACAUUGGGCAGCAGCAGGCCGACGCCGUGGGUAUCAGCGACGUCGUGUACAUGCUGAAGCUGGUGUCGUUCGCCUCGUCCUAUCACGUGUCGGCCAAGAUGGGCGCGGCGUUGAUAUCGACGCGGCACGUCCUCCUGCACCACAUCCCGGAGUGCGUGUGCGUGACCUCAAUGCUGGCCCUGCUGCGCUGCUUCAAGGUGAUGCCGACCAUCAUCUCCCUCGGUCCCGUCGUCGACCUCAUCGUCAUGGUUACCAGGAAGGUCGGCGAGGCCAUGUCGGAGCGCCGCGACACGCCCACCCUGCGGGACGUGCUGCGCCUGUCGUCGUCAUGCCAACUACUGACUCAGCUGCGUAUCCGCGACGAUGUGUUCAUGGAGGCGACGUCCAAGUAUAUGCUAAGGACCGUUGCAAACUGGCCGCAGAGUCCAUAUUCGCCAUCGUUCUGCCAGCGUAUCCUAUUCAUGUUCAGCUUCUUCAGAUACCCAGUCCCGGAACUGUGCAGUGCCCUGCACGAGUACCUGAGCUUCGAUCUUCACAUGGAGCGAGAUUCGACGCUGUCCCAGAUGGACUUGGCAUCGCGCUUCAUUCGCCUGAACUGGGCGUUUGUUGCCCAGGGCGUGUCACCGCCGCAGUCCAUGGUGAACACGAUGAUUGGCGUGCUGCAGCACCCCUACUUCCAGAACAUGGUGCCGCACGUGCGCCUCCUGGAACAGCUGGUGCACUUCGUGGGCAGGCAGCACGCGCUGUCCGUCGUGCACCGUCUCGAGAACGUGAACCGCUUCCGUACCGAGGGGCCGCUGGAGGCGUUCCCCAUCAGCCUGUUCCACCGGCACUACCACGGCGUCAUGACUAACGUGCAUGUGCCCUACGGCCCGCUCGCGGUCGCGGCGCUCAUCUGCACUGGCGACUCGACGAUCGCGCCCUGGCCCAUGUGCCUGCAUCCGUCGUUCAUGCGGCCGGAAUUGGCGGCCACGCUCCCCGGAGUGCCAGUGGCGUGUAUCAUGCUGGACGCGGAUCAGUGGAUCGACUCACCGGCAGCAACAACGCCAAGGUCCACCACCAACACCACCACCGCCACUGGUGAUCGCGAGGACGGCGGCGGUGAAGACGUCGGGAACGGGCGUGUUACGAGUGCGAGCGGUGGCUGUGGUGCUUCGGCGGCGGUGGCUGGUGAUGGUGGUGCGCAGCGGACGUGGAACGGCGUGGUCGAGUGCAGCCGCGCGUCGCUGGAGCGCGCCGGGUGGCGGGUGGUGAUCUAUCCGCCGUACCCAGGCGACGUGUCGACCAGAGUGUACGUGGACAUGUGCAUGGACGCGAUGUUCGAUGCUGCCGCCGCUCCUCACCCGGCCCAAACACACGGCGGCCUGUUUCCUGUUUCCUGACGGGAAUAGCAAGCCAUGCGAGAAAUGAGUGCCAGGUUUGGUUGACACAGGCCAUGGUGAGAUGCUGAAACUCUACACCCCCACCACAACCACCCCCAAACGCGGCGGCCUGUUUCAUGAUCAGUGAAUAGUAAGCCAUGCGAGAAGUGUAUGACAGGUCUUGUUUACCGUGAUGUGACUUGGCUGAUGUGCCGGUACCUGUCGGAUAUUGGCCGUGUCGAAAUGCCGAAAGCCUGACACCCAGGUCGAUGUAACACUGAGUGCACGGCAGUCAUGCUUGACAUCCAGCAGCCUUCCAGCCGCUUUGUGGCAUGAGUGAGAGAGUUACUUUGCGUUGCGGCAAUUGUGCCGCCAUGGAGAACACUUGCCCAGUGGGUAACAGGUUCUUGCUUUCAACUCUCACGGCGUCCAUUCCAGGACCGGCGGACGGAAGCAAUAUUUAAUAGGUCUGGUCAUACCCUAGCCUUUCGUUCUUUUUUGUAUGACAUGGUGGGCAUGACACAUGAUCUCCUCAGCAGUAAACACACACCGGUGGCCAAAACGUUGGUCCGGCCAUGGCCUGACCAACCGGACCGGUUCCGCCGGGCCUGUCAUUCAGUCGGCCCGCAAGUAGUGGUGGCUAUGCAACACAAUGUGCAGCUCCACUUCCAUCCAUCCCCUAUACAUGGUCUGUAUUGUCACUAUCGUGCGCCUACUCUAUGCAGAGUACCAUACUUCCCCGAUUAAAAGUCUCACUCGAUUACAAGUCUCACACUCAUUUUCAGGUUUGAGCAAUAAUAUUUCGAUAUAUCCACUUCAGUAGUAAGUCAUGCUCGAUUGUAAGUUGCAAUCCCUUUUCUCCCUUGAAUUGUAAUGUGACAAAGUGCGACAUAUAUUCAGGGACAUAUGAUACUAGUUAUAGUACCUCUGGUGUACUCUCUGACAUGCCUGCCCCACAGCUUGAGCCCCCCUUCCCCCCUGUGCUGCGCCCCUCCUGUGCUGCCCCCUCCCUACAGCACACACACACACAUGCACACACACACACACACAUGCACACACACACACACACAUGCACACACACAUGCACACACACACAUGCACACACGGACGCUGAAUUGCUGCGAGGCUUCCAACGAUCUCAUCGUCCAGUGUGCACAGACAUGCAAUGCUGGCUUCUUAUCGUACCUGAUGAGUUAUAUCAUGGUAACAGCUGCUGUACUAGAAGUGUGACCCAGGGCUGGGAGUCUAUCUGUGAUCAGCACCGACCUUGAACUGAACUCACAAUAUAUAUUUAAUUUUUUUUUAAUAAGUGUACGUUGAACUCUCUGAACUGUUUGUGUUGAUUGAUUUAACGUUUGAGGGAAAGCACCUAUGAAUAUUCACUGCUUUGGAGACGAGCCAAAACUAAACUAUGUGGGCUACCGAUCGGAUGCUGAAUCUCUACCCUCCCGGACACUUAUCUGUCCUUUUAAGUAGCUAGUACUGGAGCACCUAUGAAUAUUCACUGCUUUGGAGACGAGCCAAAACUAAACUAUGUGGGCUACCGAUCGGAUUCUGAAUCUCUACCCUCCCGGACACUUAUCUGUCCUUUUAAGUAGCUAGUACUGGAGUCUAAACUCCUUGACACUUAUCUCCCAACUAUUAUUUUUCCAAGUA